GGCACCGGCCAGGGUGGUGGCGCCGCCCCGCACGGGGACGACGCUACAGAGAGUGUUGGUGACCUCGCCCGGGGUUGUGACGGCGACCCACCGGGAGGUGACGCCGCGAGGCAUGCUGAGUACGCCUGCCCGGCGGCGGGCAACGCGGCGCUGACGGGGGAGGACGUCACACUGGACGAUGCCGCCAGGCGGCGCCACAUGGACGCGGCGUUCGCGGCGGCGCGCGAGGCGCUCCGCCAUCAGGAGGUGCCCGUCGGCUGUGUGAUGGUGCGCGCCGGCCGCGUGCUGGCCACGGGCCGCAACACCGUCAACGCCACCAAGAACGCCACGCGCCACGCCGAACUCAACUGCGUGGAUGCCAUCUAUCGGCAGUGCGGAGCGGCUGGCGUGCCGGCAGCGGCCGUGUGGGGCGCCACGGACGUGUUCGUGACUGUGGAGCCGUGUGUGAUGUGCGCGGCGGCGCUGGUCCAGCUGGGCGUGCGCUCUGUGAGGUACGGCUGCGCCAACCAGCGGUUCGGCGGCUGCGGCUCCGUGCUGAGCGUGCCCGGCCGGCUGCUACCCACGGACGCCACGUUCGUCCAGGACGCCGAGCGAGUGGACGAGGCGAUCGCCCUGCUCAAGGAGUUCUACAAGGGCGACAACCCGAACGCGCCGCGUGCGGAGUGAGGGGUUCGGCGAGUGCAUUGAUGCGUUUUGCCUGGGGCAGUGCACAUCGUGGCUAAACUGGCACAUGUCGCUGCCAACCUAGCGUUCAUUUGAGUGGCCGGUUU